AUGGAAUUCGCCCCUUCAUUUCCACAAACUAUUGAGGUAAAAGUUAAGCCCAGACCUGUUGCAAGCGUAUCCAAGGACGCUGGCAUUCACAAUGGUGCCAUCGCCUUGGAACUUCAUCGUUACUCUCGCCACUAA